AUUGGAACUCAAAUUUUGGUGCAUCUGCUGUUUUUAUUAUCUGUCUAAUUUUCCACCGAAACAACAUCUUUAUUACAAUCUGAGCCCAACAUAAUGGAAAUUCGAACCUUGUCAGCUGACGAUUGGGAGUCAUGGAAAGCUGUGCGCCUGAGAGCUCUGGCAAAUGCUCCUGAUGCCUUUGGAUCGGGACUCAACGAUUGGGUUAAUGCUCCGGAAUCUCAAUGGCGUAGCAGACUAUCAAUACGAAAUGCAAUUGAUCUUGUAGCAUACAGGAUUGAUGAGACCGCUGGCGACCGCGCAGUUGGAAUGGCAACCGGGAUCCCGACAGGGAAUGGGGGCGCUGAGAUCAUCUCAAUGUGGGUGGACCCUGGCUUUCGAGGCAGAGGACUUGCUUCUUCUCUUAUUGGAAGCAUUGCGAGCUGGGCCGUGCAGUCUGGAUUCAUCGAGCUUCGACUUGCAGUACGACCAGAUAAUGCCAUCGCACAAUCAGUGUACCAACGCAACAGCUUCAUUGUAUCUGACGAGCCUGGUGAUGAGAUUCCUGACGGCAGGCGAGAAAUUAUUAUGGUUCGCAACCUCAAAAAUAAGCAGGCCUCCAGUUCCCCAAUAACGCUCGAGAAUCGUUAGAAUGGCAUUUUUAUAAAGUUCUGACAAUUGGAAAUAUUAGAGGUUCACUCAAACUAGACAUGUUAUUGGUAGUGAUAAAAGUGUUUUACUUCAAUAAGCAGGAGAGCUAUUACACACAUGGGAUCUGAACUAGCUUGGAUAGAGAGCAAGUAAUUCUGGAGCUCUUUGUAAAUCAACUUACAGAUAUGCAC